GCAGUUGGGCAAGAGGCUCCUUGCAGCCCUGCAUGUGUGGAGCCUUCCCUCCUGCUUCUCUCUGGAACUUUAACAUGAUGGCUGUUGCUCAGGCAGCCAGACAGGCUGGUUCCAGGGCCGAGGGAAUCUCAGAGGGACACCAUGUUCUAUUGUCCCUGCGGAGUACCCAAGACCAUUCCUGAGCUGGGAGCUUUAUGCGGCUUGUGCUUUUUGGCUGUUGUGGGACCCACCUGCUCUCCUCUGAGCAUGCUUCCUCCUUGACCAGUGCUGGGUCGUCUCCUAUUCUCUAUUUCUCCUCCCUUCCAAGCCCCAGGCUCGGUCUCCUUCCCUCUCCCUCCAGGCACCACCAUGUAACACACAGAUCCUUCUGUGUUUGAGUCCUAGUCGACGUAAUGUGUUCAUGCACAUAAACAGCCCGACGCUGCAAACUUCUGCUGUUUCUCUCACGCUCCGCUUACGUUUUAAAGACCCAGCUGUGCCUCCGAUCCUGCCCAGACCACAGACAUUGCCUCUUCUGUCCUCCUCCACCAAGACUCACCAAACCGGUCCCUUCUGGAUGGACCCUGGAAACUUCCCACUGCCACAAGUAAAGGGGUGACAUUCUUGUGUCUUGCUCAUCCCCGAGGUCAGAUUUCCAUGAAGCAGACCCCCCAAUCAAAGAUUCAAAGGUGGAUAAUUUGUUGUCGGUGUCUCCCUUCACCUCUGUGGCCCCAGAACUGGGAAACGGACGGACGCCGGAGCAGGGUUCUUGAGCCACAGGGGAGCAGCAUUCCUUAGUGUCCUUAGCCGUGCAGGAUGGCCGGCCAGACGCCUCUCCCUCCCUGGGCUAUGGAGUCAGACGGUGCCGAGUUCAGAUCCUGGCAGGUCGGUUCAGGGGAGACGCCCUUGACUCGUGGGCAAAGAUGCAGAAGCCCGAGGUCAUAGAGCAACCAGCCUGUUUCCAAACUAACGGAUUCCCCUCUGCCCUCACCCCAACCCCGGGCCCAAGAGGGAUGUAAAGCCCCAAAAUGACCCUGUUACCAGGAGAUAACUCGGACUAUGACUACAGCGCCCUGAGCUGCGCCUCAGACACCUCCUUCCACCCCGCCUUUUUCCCUCAGCGCCAGGCCAUCAAGGGCGUCUUCUACCGCAGGGCCCAGCGGUUGCGACCGCAGGAUGAUCUGCAUCAGGGCAGCUCACUCGGGGACCGCAGGCGACAGAUCAUCAUCAACGUGGGUGGCAUCAAGUACUCCCUACCUUGGACCACGCUGGAUGAGUUCCCACUGACGCGGCUGGGCCAGCUCAAAGCCUGCACCAACUUCGACGACAUCCUGAGCGUGUGCGAUGACUACGACGUGACCUGCAACGAGUUCUUCUUUGACCGCAACCCCGGGGCCUUCGGCACCAUCCUCACCUUCCUGCGGGCUGGCAAGCUGCGGCUGCUGCGGGAGAUGUGCGCCCUGUCCUUCCAGGAGGAGCUGCUGUACUGGGGCAUCGCCGAGGACCACCUGGAUGGCUGCUGCAAGCGCCGAUACCUGCAGAAAAUAGAGGAGUUUGCGGAGAUGAUGGAGAGGGAGGAUGAGGACGAGCCGCUGGACAGCGAGGACCAAGACACUGAGGGGCCAUCCACCGGUGAGGGCCGCCUGGGCCGCUGUAUGAGGAAGCUGCGGGACAUGGUGGAGAGGCCACACUCAGGGCUGCCUGGCAAGGUGUUUGCCUGCCUGUCUGUUCUGUUCGUCACCGUCACCGCUGUCAACCUGUCUGUCAGCACCCUGCCCAGCCUGCGGGAGGAGGAAGAGCAGGGCCAGUGUUCCCAGAUGUGUCAUAACGUCUUCAUCGUGGAGUCGGUGUGCGUAGGCUGGUUCUCCCUUGAGUUCCUGUUGCGGUUCAUCCAGGCACCCAGCAAGUUCACCUUCCUGCGGAGUCCACUGACCCUCAUCGAUCUGGUGGCCAUCCUGCCAUACUAUGUCACGCUGCUGGUGGAUGGCGCUGCCUCCAGCCGCCGCAAGCCAAGCACCGGGAACAGCUACCUGGACAAGGUUGGGCUGGUGCUGCGCGUACUGCGGGCACUGCGCAUCCUCUACGUGAUGCGCCUGGCUCGACACUCACUGGGGCUGCAGACGCUGGGGCUCACAGCCCGUCGCUGCACGCGCGAGUUUGGGCUUCUGCUGCUUUUCCUGUGCGUAGCCAUUGCCCUCUUUGCCCCACUGCUCUAUGUCAUUGAGAACGAGAUGGCAGACAGCCCCGAAUUCACCAGCAUCCCUGCCUGCUACUGGUGGGCCGUCAUCACCAUGACAACUGUGGGCUAUGGUGACAUGGUACCUAGGAGCACACCUGGCCAGGUGGUAGCUCUGAGCAGCAUCCUCAGCGGGAUCCUGCUCAUGGCCUUCCCAGUCACCUCCAUCUUCCAUACUUUCUCCCGCUCUUACCUGGAGCUCAAGCAGGAACAGGAAAGGGUGCUGAUCCGCAGGGCCCAGUACCUCAUGAAAACCAAGUCGCAGCUCAGUGGCAUGUCUCAGGACAGUGACAUCUUGUUUGGAAGUGCCUCUUCAGACACCAGGGAUAACAACUGAGGCAAGAGGACAUCCCUGCCCUGCCUGCCAGCUGCGGCUUCAUGCAACCACCGUCACUAUUGAAGCCUGGAGGAGGACUUUUGUGCUUCAAGUCCAGCCCUGGCCUGGGACUGACCCGAAUGAGCCACGCCACAAGAAGGAUCUGUGCCACAUCACCCAGAGUCCUUGCCCUCCCUCUGAGCCCAGAAGUGGAAGGGAAGUUAGCUGAAGCCAGCACCUCACCCCCUCCCCCAGUCUCGCAUCUGUUUCCCUCCCUCAGGAGCCAACUGGCUCCUUCCAGAUGUAAAGAACACGCCCAGCAAAACCUGCACACACAGGGGGCUGCCCAGAGAAACAUCCAGACAGCAGGCGGCCGCACAUGACUUCAAUGCGUGUCCACUGAAGAGGAAAAAGCCUUCCAUUAGGGCUCUCGGGGAAGGAGCUGUGUCUUUAAGUGAAGCCAGCAGUGGGGUACCAGAAGUGCAAAGACCAUGCUGCUGGGGUGGUAAGACACUGGUGGGAUGGAGAAAAGGGGACAGACAGACCUUUGGGGGGACCAGCACGAAUGCAGUCUCAGGCUCCUGCUGCUCCUGACUCCCGAGCCUGUCCUUCAUCCUCUUCCUGCUCACCUCCGCCCUGUGUCCUAUUAUACUCCUUGAGAACCAGCCCUCUCUUCAGACUCCCCUCGUGCCAGUACGGAGUGGGGCAUCAUAAGCCACUCAACUCUGCUUGCUGACUUUAAGGGUGAAAUCACUUCGUUUUAUGGUUAAAAAGAAGUGAUAUUUUAGCCUACCCUGAUUUAUUUUAAUACUACAAACAAAAAAACCCCAAGCACUUUAUCCCCCUACCCGAGCCUCAGUCUAAACCCACAGUGGCUAUGCUUCCAGCAGGUGUGGUCCCGGGAAGUCUGGGGAGUGUGCAGGAAACCUCCUCGGUGCCCUCAAAGGGAGCCACUCAUGGUCUCGAGACGUAUAGUUUCUGCACCAAGAGGGACCCCGUGCCAGAUUGAUGAAUCCAUCUCAGCUCACUGUGUCUGAGUGUUGGGUACCUGGUAUUGAGGGGAUGUCACACACACAUCCACAUAUACAAACAUACAUGCACACACGAACACAUGCACACACACGGACACAUGUGCACACAGGCCACACACACUUGCCCCCAGCCUCACCGGUGCAACACCUUCUCUGACUGCUUUAUCCCAUAUCCCAGCUGCCUUCUCUCUGUUCAGCAGCAGAAAUUGCACUUUGAAACAUGACUGAUUCUGACUGUGGGCUGUGCAGCUCAAAUCCCUGCCUGCUGCUACGGCCUCCAGCUUCUCCUACACCCCCACACCUGUCCAUACAGCCCACCAGCCCUCCCACACCUCCACACCUGUCUGGACAUUCCACAGGCCCCUCCACCCUCCCUUCAGGCAUAUCCAGCCUGCCCCAUCUCAUUGUGGGUCUUCACACCUGCAGAGCCAUCUGCUGGAAAGCCCUCCCUACAGAACACUGCCUGGCUAACUCCUUCCUGAGCACCUACCCCUGUAGCCUGCAGCUUCCUCGCUUUCUCCCUUAUCUGCUGAAUCUCUACCAGGUGAAACUCAUUCUCGGCUCCUGAGCUCUGGUUCACGUCCUGCAGGACCAGCUCAGUGUAUAUUGGCAGGAACUCUAAAGUGGUUCCCUGCUGCCUUCCAGGACCUCGUGCAGGGGCAGCACCUAAGAGGUGUUCAGAAAACACUUUUGAAAAGCAAAACAAAGGGGAAACAGCAAAAAGGAACAGAUAGAGAAAAUGUAUCCAUUACAGUUUAGAUCCAAAAUGUCCCCAACUGUCUAGAGCCAUACUGCCCCAAAUGUGCCUGAUCUCAUCUGAAAUGUCACCCAGAAGUGCACACGUCAAAGACUUGGUUCCCCAUGCAGACAGAGGUGGGACCCGUGGUAAUGGUGUCACAAGGGCUCUGACCCCACCGACGGCUCAACCCAUGAUAAAUCCACAGCUUCAGUGGAAGCGAUAGAAACUCAGAGGCGGUGGGGCCUGGUUGGAGGAAGUAGAUCAUCAGGGGUGUGUCGCCCCAGAUGACUUCCCCUUGGUUUCUCUCUGCUUCCGGCUACAGUGAGGGGAGCAGCAGAGUUGGACCAGCGUUCCCCUAUUGGGAUGCUGCUGUACCUCGAAGUGGGCCAGAAACGAUGGAGCCGAAUGACCAUGGACUGAAACCAGAAACCAAAGUAAACCUUCCCUCCUUCAAGCCGCCGUCGUCUGGUGUUUUUGUCAUAGCAAUGGAAAGCUAUCUGUCACUGUGUUUAUUUUUAACACUGGAGCUUGGGUCCCUGGAGCACCCCAACACACCUCCUUUUCUCAUGGGGAGACACAGCCAUCUCCACAUAGCAU